CAUAAGAAGCAAGCAUCUAUAGAGUAAAGAAACCGCCUGAACCAUAGGCGCAAUCAUUCAAAAUGCCGCGCAUGAAUCUCGGCCUCCCCUACAACCAUUGCAGCCACUCCCCUUGCCCAGCUGGCUUCCAAAGCCCCAACCUUCUCCGCUGCGGAGCCUGUCAAACCGUCAAGUACUGCGGCAAACCUCAUCAAAAAGCCGACCGGCCGAGGCACAAGGUCCAAUGCAUCCCGAUCAAACAGACCAAGGACAAAGUCACGGAGGAAGAAGCCAAGUGACGCGCUAAUCCCGGCGACGACACCAAUGGAAACCCUUUCGACCAUUCCGUAGGCCUUUUCUGGUUCUUCAAGAGCACUCGUCCCUACAUGCAAGCUCGCCACGACUACAUCAGUGCUAUUCUCAACGUCCGCACCGGCGAAGCCGUCGAGAUCGCACUCAAGGAAUCUCUUGACCUGCUGCGUCUCUGCCGAGGCGACAACCUCGGCGUUCGCUCACAAGUUCCUGCGCUAUACCUCCGACUAGGAAGGGAUCAAGAGGCUUACGAUUUCAUCAAGUGGUAUGCGGUGAAAGGCGACUCCAAGUACGACUGGCGCGACAUGAGCUUGCCGUUCCUUGAUCUACAAGGAGAGGAUGCAUUCGAGGCUGUUAUCGAGAAACCUUAUUACUACAUCUCCUUCAAAAUGGCCCUGAUGCUCAUCAAGAUCCGGUUGAUGAAGGAUUUAGAGUCGCUGCAGGGGUUUUUGCAGAAGAAACCCAACGCGACGGGGGAAGAGAGAUAUGAUUAUGUGCAGGAGGAGGCUAUGAGCGAUAUCCUUCUACAGCGGGCGGAUGUAGUCGCGAAAGACGACUACAAGGACUUGAUUGCGGAGCUGAAAGGACAAAUACUGCAGUUGUACAAGAUGGUUAAGGAGGACAACAAACACAUCUGGCCGGGCAUUGAGAACCCGAACCUGUAUGCAUAUGAUGUGCCGACCGCUUAUUCUCCCGGCUCGCGGGAGGAGGCUGUGCUUAUCUUUCGCAACUCGUGGUACUCUUGGUCAGAGACGGAACCGGCGAUACGGUAUAUCAGGGGGAUUAUUAAGAAUGAUAGGUAGGGAAUCUGCCGUGUGCACAAAAUUAGAGAGCUCCGUGCCCAGCGUAAAGAUAAUAAAAACGUAUCCCAGAUGACUUCAUCUUGGAUACCGAGAAAGCUGCCUUAUUCGAGACUUUUGGGUAAAAAAGUGAGUCGUUGAAGUGUCGGGCCGAGUUUCGUCGACACGGUAUCGCACCUAAAACACGGGGCUAAGCAUUUUAUGGGGUGCGCUUUGACUUUACGUCCGGUGAGCCUGACACAGACGAUCCGGAACAGAACCCCAUAGACAGCCAUGAUCGACAACGUUUCCGGUUAGCGACAGUAUUUUCGGUUAGACAUUCCAGAACGGCACGAGUCAGUUGAAACGCGAGUCAGUCG